AUAUUGGUGGUGUAGAGAGGUUCUCACCUGUUGUUAAAAGCUGUUAAUUAAAAAAGAAAAAAGAAUACAUUUUUUUCUCCUCUUGAGGUUCUCGGAGCGCGUGCCUUCAGGAUGACGGACGCUCUUUUAUCAAAUGGCAUCAACGACGGCGGCGGAGACAAAAAUUAUUUCAAAAAGGGUUGCAACCCAUUCGCACAGACUGGACGAAGCAAACUGCAGAACACACGAGCCAGUCUUAACCAGCAGAUCAUCAAACAGAUGAGGAUGAGGGCUGGAGCUGAGAAUCUGCUCAAGGCUACAUCCAAUAGCAAGGUGAAAGAAAUGGUUCUCUUGGAGUUGAGCUACGUUAACUCAAACCUUCAGCUUCUGAUGAGCGAGUUGGAAGGUCUCAACAGCUCUGUGGAGGUUUACCAAAACAACCAGAGCUCAACGCAAAGGAUUUUGGUCCCAGUUUUCUUAAAUGAAACAACUGUGGAGUUUUCCAUUUUGAAAAUAUGAAGUGACUUUAUCUUGGAGCACUAUAGUGAAGACGGGAAGACUUUUGAAGAUGAGAUUGCUGACUUCAUGGACCUGCGACAGGCAUGCAGAACGCCAAGUCGAAGUGAGGCCGGGGUGGAGCUGCUUGGAAAAUACUACAGCCAUCUUCCCCUGAUAGAGAGCAGAUUCUUCUCCCCAACCAGACAGACAGGCAUCUUCUUCACAUGGUACACUGCAUUCUUAGGGUUAAAGUACCAGCAGAACCACAUCUGUUUAAUUUAGUUUUGUUUUUUGUUUUUCUUUCUUCUUCUUUUCUCAGUUAAGUCUCUGAUGAUUUAAAUAACUAGCACUAAUUGUAGUUUCCUUGCACUAAUUAGAUUUCAACUUGUGCCGACGGCUCUUUCCUGUCCAGGUGUCUUGAAUAACCUUAAGGAGACUUUCACCCACACUCCCAGCUACGACAUGAGUCCAGCCAUGCUCAGUAUGCUGAUUCGGCUGAUGCUUGCUCAGGCUCAAGAGUGCUUGUUUGAGAAGAUUGCACUGCCUGGCAUCCGAAACCAAUUCUACUCUCUGAUGAAAGUUGCACAAGAGGCUGCAAAGGUCUCAGAAAUCUACGACCAAGUCCAUCAGUGCAUGAUCCAGACACCAGUAAAAGACAAUGUGCCAUUUUUCUGGUCCACCAUGUCACAAAUUAAAACCAACCACUACCGCUCCAUGGCACACUACUUUGUAGCUUCAGCACUGCUGGACCACCAGUUGGGUCCGGGCGAUGAUGAGGACAAGCAGGAGAAGACCUUGUCACAGGUGUAUGAUAGCCUUCCUGAGGGAUGCACUGCUCUGGACAUCUUAAAGAAGAAAGAUGAACGUCAGCGGAUUGGUAAAGCUCACAUCCGUCGUGCCAUCUUCGGUCAUGAGGAGGCUUUGAGGAUUUAUGGAUUGUGUAAGAAUACCAACAACUUGGAAGUCCUGCAGGAAAUUUUAAAAGCCAGCCACCAGCGCUCAGUCAACAAGCACAGUGAAAAUGAAAAUGAGGAAGAGUUCGCUGAUUAUAUGGAGGCCCCAAAAAUCAUCUCUAAAACAGAACACAAAGCAGAGAUGGAAUUUCCCGCAGCUGCAAAGGUGAAAGUCAUCGACUUUUUCCAGAGGCUGGGCCCGCAGUCAGUCUUCUCGGCCAAGCAGCGGUGGACUGCCCCACGGACAAUACGGGUUCGCUCAGACGACAGAGACCUGGGUUUCACACUGAAAGGAGACUCACCGGUUCAGGUGGUUUCACUGGACCCUCUCUGUGCAGCUGCUGCUGAUGGCCUCAAAGAGGGUGACUACAUCAUUACUGUGGGUGACACAGAGUGCAAGUGGAUGAGCGUGAGUGACGUGAUGCGACUUCUGAAGGACGUGGACGAGGAGGGGAUUGAUAUCCAGGUGGUCAGCAUGAUGGACAACAGCACUGCCAUGCCUACCAAGAGUGCAACCUUCUGUGGAAACUUGCCUAAGACCUACUCCAUGAUUUGUCUGGCCUAUAAUGAAGAUGACAAGAACUCCAAGGUUCGCAAAGUAGCCAAGAAGUCAUCAUUCCUCAGCUGGGGUUUAAAGAACAAGAUGAAGAGUGCCAGCACCCUCAGCCUUCCCACAGCAGACAAGGCCGGCGCUCUGCCCUGGAAUAAACCUUGUCCCACCUUCCCCAGCUCCAGCUCCUACAACAAUGACAGUGGCCUCUACUGAGCUAACUGCAGCUGUUACUGUCUGCAGUACGCAUAUUGAGCCCAGUAUACAGUACUGUGCUGUACCUAUACUGGACCUGUUUUGUGUACUAUCAGUGACCUUUGGUGUUUCCACUGGAAUACUAAGCAGCAGUGUAUGUAGUAUGUUGCUUUGGAAAGUGGCUGUGCCAAAUACUGUAUAUUGGUGCACUUGAUGGUAUGUGGGUGCUUUCCCAGCACAGUUCUGUAUCUGAUGCAAGUUGCACUGUACGUCAGACACAAUAAAAAGCAUUUAGUGCCAUUCCAGUAUAUGUACAGCACAGUAAAACUGCACUGUGGGGAAAACUAAAACGUAUACACACACACACACACACACACACAGAGCACUGAGACUGGCUUCUUAGUUAAGCUGCAAUUUCAGUGUAUUGUUUUUGUUUUUUCUGAAAAACAUGCUCCAGACGAAUCGAAGAAGAAAACAAAGUUGUGCAAACACACCCAGCCCCAGUUUCUGCUCGACUGCAAGGCAGUGAUUUGAUUGUGGGUUAAGCACUCCCUUGUUAGUGCCAUUGUGUACAGAGCUGUACACAGUGAGCAUAGCUGUGCAUACUGUAUAUGGGAAGGAAUCUCUUAUUGCCACAGUUUUGUAGAAAUCAGUGGCCGCUGAUCAGUUUCGGGAUUUAAAAUUCAUGGAUUUAUGGAUGUAGAUUUAAUAAACUAUGUUGCAGUAUGUUAAACAGUGAUUGAGGGAAUGCUAAUUGUAUAGUGGAGUUUUUUUUAUGUCUGGGAAGAGGGGUGUGAUGAAUGCAAUAUUCUAUAAGCUGCUAAAAAAAAAUCAUAUGUGUACCAUGGUUAUGUAUUACUGUCAUUUGUGUUUGUGAGACAGUCUUUGAGGACUGUUGUUUCUGCUGAGUGCCGUUCCUGGGACACAGUUUUAAAUGCACAAAUAUUGGUAUUUUAGAUUUGCUUAAUGUACCAGUUAUGCCACAGACCAAUAUGCCUCCAAGUUCCAGAAAUACAAGGAUGUAUCAUUUACCCUUGUGAUUCAUCCUACCCGCGUCCCUAAGAAGAGCAUGACCUGUGUUUUAUUGAUGUGAAUUUUGAUGUAGUUAAAGUUUAUUAUGUCUGUAGAAGGGAAGAAUGUGGGCAGACUGAUGACUUUCCUGCAUCACUUGGACAGCCAGUCACCCUACAGUGACUCUGAUCAAAUCCCACAUUUGGGUUUCUACUCUUUAUCUACCUGUCUUUAUCUUAGUCACAUUCCCUAUUUUACUGACACUUUGCCGUGUUGGACUUUCUCUUUAUCUACAAAGUAGAUUCUUAUACACAUUUGAUAAUCAAAUUAUUUAUGUAAUAAAAAACACAAAAAUAUAUAUUUACCUGUAAACUGUAGGUUGUAGAGCUACUUUGUGAAUGGUCAAGUUGUGAAUGUUGUUUUGCACGCGAGAGUCCUUGAUUUGUUUCUUGAAUGAAUGUAUUUUACUAGCCUUGCUUAAUCCAUUAGCGAACUUAUAUAUUGCUGCAUUUCAAUGUUUUAAAUUCUAAAUGUUUUUAAGCAGUUUCACUGAGAAGAUGUAACAUUCUUUACUGUUUACCUGUUACUUUCUUUUAAGUGCCAUUUAUGCUAAAUCAUGAAGGAAAAUGCCUCACUGAGUGUGUAACAAGUCUGUGCAGUGAAUGCUUCAUAUUUUGUUAAGUGUACUAACAGAUGGAGAGGAUCAUCUUUUUUUACAUCUUUGUGUUCAUGUUACAGUGCCUAAUAAUUCUAAAUGCCUUAGUGUAUCUGCAGAGGUUUAUGGUACCUGUUUUUCUAAAGCUUUCAGGUUGCCUUUAUUCCUUUCUGUGCUUGGUCCUGCAUAGCUCUGUGUUGAUAAGUCUUUGUAUGAGUUCAAAUGACAAUAAAAAGGAAUAAAACACAUGGGGAAGA